AUGACACAGGAUGACCUCACCCAGCUCUUUGGCCAGUACGGCGAGGUGACCGACGCCUUCAUCCCCAACGACCGCGAGACCGGCCGCUCUCGCGGCUUCGGCUUCGUCACCAUGGGUGCCGACCAGGCCGCCGCGGCCAUGGGCGCCCUCAACAACCAGGAGUUCCAGGGCCGCACUAUCCGUGUGAACGAGGCCCAGACCCGCGAGGGCGGCGGUGGCGGCGGCCGCGGCGGCGGCGGCUACGGCGGUGGCCGUGGCGGCUACGGUGGUGGCGGCGGCGGCUGGGGCGGCGGUGGCGGCGGCGGUGGCUGGAACGGUGGCGGUGGCGGCGGCUACUAA